UCCUCCGCUGGAAAAGAGACUAGGGUUUACACUCUUCUCCGAUCCGAAUUAAAGGAGAGAAGCACUCUCCUCCGCUGCGGACCGAGGUGGAGCAGGGGCGGAGAUACCCUCCUCUCCUACGGCCUCCAUUCUCCAUCGCCGCUGUUCCUAUCUCCCGGUCAUGCUCAAGCUGAAUUUGUUCGAUGGAGGACCUACCGGAGGCUCUGGUGACAGAGAUUCUCAAGAGGAUCACCAGGAUAAGUGAUCUGAAUUCUCUUUCCCUUGUGUCAAAGCAGCUCUACAAGAUAGAGGGGAAUCAAAGGGGUGCUAUCCGUGUUGGUUCCGGUCUUGGCACUGCUACAGAAGCACUAACAUCACUGUGCGCCAGGUUCACAAAUUUGCGGAAAUUGGAAAUCGAUUACUCUGGUUGGAUACCUGAACAUGGAAAUCAGUUGGACAACAAAGGCCUUUUUGUAUUUUCAUCUCACUGUUCCUCGCUGAUUGACCUCACCUUAAGCUUCUGCUCAUACAUCGAUGACUCUGGGCUUGGUUGUUUAGCACGCUGCAAGAAAUUGGUGUCUCUCAGGCUGAACUCCGUACCAAAAAUAACAUCAAUUGGGCUUUUCUCGGUUGCAGUUGGUUGCAUAAGUCUAUCUGCUCUCCACCUUAUUGAUUGCGAGAAAAUCGAUAGUUUAGAGUGGCUGGAAUACCUUGGUAUGGAUGGAUCGUUGGAAGAGCUUGUAGUGAAGAAUUGCAAAGGAAUCAAUCAUCAUGACCUCCUAAAGUUUGGUUCAGGAUGGAUGAAGCUCCAGAAGUUUGAGUUUGAGAGGAAAAGAGAAAGACAUGAUCAUUAUAUAGGAUAUGACUUCUAUGAUCCCUCGUAUGAUGCUCACAGCACAGAUAUAUAUGAUUUCUCCUGUGAGAGUUUGAAGGAUUUAAGGUUGGCGCAUAUUAAAACCUGGCCAGAAAUAGGACUUCGUGUUGUCCUAGGGAAGUGUAAAGCAUUGGAGAACCUUUGGCUUGAGUAUGUUUAUGCACUAAAUGACAAUGACAUGAUUGCAUUAUUCCGGAGCUGCAGCAACCUUAAAAGCAUCUCAGUUGGGCUCAACCUACAGCGCUAUUGUAGUGAAGAUGGCUAUUGUGAAACCAGGACGUCAUUUACUGAUAACAGCAUUUACGCUCUAGCCCUCAACUAUCCUAUGCUUCAGAUCGUAGACCUCAAAUUUACAGGAUGUUCCCGUGACUGGCCAUCAGAAAUAGGAUUCACAAAGAAGGGUUUUCUGGCACUCAUUCAGUCCUGCCCAAUUCGUGUUCUUGUGCUAAACACCGCCAAUUUCUUUGAUGAUGAGGGGAUGAAGGCCCUCUCAUCCUCACCACAUCUGGAGACACUCGAGCUUAUAUUGUGUCAUGCAGUAACUGAUGCUGGGAUGCGCUUCAUUGCACACACCCCAUGCUUGAGUAAUCUCACACUUCGGGCGUGUCAUAAUGUCACUGAUGUUGGAAUGGCUGAACUGGGACGUGCACAUAAAUUAGGGUCUUUGGUCAUUGAGUAUUGUGGUGAGGUCUCUCUGCAAGCUGCGCAGGGUGUUGCCAAGUCAGUUCACUACUCCGAGGACUUUCCAGAUUCCCUGAUGAAGGCAAUUGGUCUUGGCGCCUAGUGAUGAAGUGGUCUCCAAAAUUUUCAGUAUGAAUUUGCUGCUGAAGCCAUUAAGUUGUUUAGUGUGCAUCAUUGGACAAGGCUGUGCAUCAUUCGACCUAGAUUCACUUGUCUGGACUUUCUAUUGCCUUCUACCUUUACUGCUAUGAUUUUUUCUGUAUGACAGUCUAAUGAUGAUCUUUGGACGGCAUCUGGUGAAUGAAACUUUAAUAGUAGGCACCACUCUGUGUACUGUAAUUCUUGUUGUGUAACUUCUACUCUCUAUUGCUGUUUUGUAAUCCUCACAAAUCGGCCCCAAGAAUCCAUGUUUUUGCUGUUUGGUAUUAUGUUUAACUCUCUAAGAAAUGUCGUGAACCCUUUCUACUAUACAAGGGAUUAUGAAGACAUGUA